UCGAGGCGAAGCGCCAUCCAUGUACCACGCCCUCAGCGGGGAAAAAUCGCGGACACUCUCUGGCUGCCCACAUGCUCGUGGCUGAGAUUCACUCGCGGACGCGUUACCAGAGCUGAAUCGCCGGGCGCCUACUGCUCUCGUUAGACCCUCUUCCACGCGUCUCCGUCCGACUCGGCUCCGGGUGUGCCCAGUGCUCCGUCUGAACGCGCGGGCCCUCAGCCUCGUCCGUGUCUCUCACUGUGCUCUGCCUUCCUCCCCAUUAUCACAUCCGCGCCAUAGUCACAUCCGCGCCAUGGCGGCCGAGUCGCAAUCCAAGAGAGGCAGCACGGGGUGGUUCGGGGACAUGGUGUCCACGAUAAGUGACUUCGGCAAGCAGACAACAGACAUGGCCUCCAACCUCUACACCCAUAUGGGCAAGCUGGGAAACCCGACGCUGAUGACGCAUGCGGGGGCGGAGGCGCUGUGGCGGGAGCACUUCUGGGCGCCGCCGGACGAGAAGCUGCUCUUCUACUUCUACUGCAACCUGCUCACCAGCGUGGGGCUCAUGCCCGGCACGCUCGUCGUCACCACGGCGUCCAUCGGCUUCCUAUCGGACGCCGAGUUCGAGUACAACCCGCUCGGGCGCCCCACAGAGAUCGCCAAGAGCCACUUCGUGGCAACCAUUCCGCUGCACAAGAUAACAGGGGUGGCGCCUGAAGCCAACCCAUCAGACGACAAUGAGAAGUACAUUCGCCUCACCACAGAAGACAACUUCUUGUUCUGGUUCACUGGCUUCAUUGCUUAUGAUCAAGCAUUUGCAACAGUACUUUCCGCUGUGGUCAGUACGUCUCAUCCUCUCGAAGCCUUGGCAUAGAGCAAGAAGAGACAUGGCACCGUGUCCAGAUUGCAUUCGAACUUCAUCAGGUGGUUGUGCUAUUUGGUGAACUAGCCAUUUUGUCAAAAAUACUCUUGUAUGUUGUUAUAGACUACACAGGGUUGUGCCUUAGAGAGUACAACCCACUAGGUUAUAUUCCCUUGUAUGCUGUGGUUCUAGUCAUUCG